GCGGGCUACUGGGUUAAAAGAUGUUUGCUGUUUUCUGAGGGUUGGUUCGAGACGCAAAUCAGUCUUUACUUCCCCGGCUGGACAGAUUUUCGGCCAAGAAACAUAUGCGGAUUGGUGCUCAAUGGGGUCAACGGUUCGCUGAUAUCGAGUGAACCGGGCCCCAUCCGGUGCUUGGUCCGCAAACACGGACCUAUCCAGGCAGACGACGUGCGAAUAUGGCAAGAAGACGGGAUAUCACUUUUGCACUGGAUAGUCACGUUAUUCGGCAUAAGUAACCCUUACACUGAGCUUCAGUGGAAGUAUCUAUUGAUUGAGACCGUCCAGGCGGCUGCGACUGACUUACAUCUCAUGCAGAGUGUACCUUGGAGGCUGCGUGGGUCGCUGCUUAGUCCAGUCACGCCCUUAGUCUGUUUAUUAGGAGGUUUUGCCUACACGUUAAGGUAUCGGAUUAGGAACUUGGAAUCGCUGCAUCAAUCAUUGAGGCUCUUCUUGACUGUCCUUCAGAGCUGCGGCGUCAACUUGGAGGAGUAUGGGCGACGUGAAUUCGAACUCUGGAGCGAGGAAUAUGGCGCCAACCAUGUGGAGGCUAUGUCCUGUGUCAGGUUUCCCAGUGGGAUGAUCUCUAUUUACGUGGAUGAGGAGGUCUUGUAUCCUGUCGACACCAUCCAUUACGGCCCGACCCUUGAGGACUGGUCUUUUGAGUCCGACUUCGUUCAGGAUUUUCUGGCGACGUUCUGGGAUAUGGUUGAGAACCCGCCUCGAGACGAGAUCAUGCCCGGCACAUGGGUGGAAGACGAGUGAAGUUUUUACGACGCUGCAGUGCGAAGGUAGAGGAAGGCUGCACUCGAAUCGUUACAGAAACGAACACCAACGAUGCCGAAAGACGGAAAGGCCAAAAACCCGAUUAAAAGCUGUAACUAUUCUGAGAAUCUAUCAGAGCUUCUCGCGUUCAAAUUCACAUCCGUAUACCG